AUCAUUGCAAGAAAAGCAACGGAUCUUUGAAUUACGAAAAGAUAUUAGCUUAUGUGAUGAAACUAUAUUGUAUUUGCAAAAAUACAAUACAGAAAACAAUGAAAGUCAUAAUAGGUUUAUAUCUCUCUGCACAGUUCUUAACAGAGAAGAAGCAUUACUGCAGAGCCAGUUGGAGAAUUUAAAAAAUCAAUCUGAGAAUGACAGAAAAAAAUACCAAGACGCAGAGAGUAAGGGCAAAGAACGUUUAAAUCAAUACCAAGAACAGUACAUGGAAUCCACACUUGCAAAAAAUUAUCACUCAAUCAAACAAGAUCUUGACAACAACCAGAAUGUGAUUCUAAAGCUUGAUGAAGAAAUGAUGACAAAAGAGAAACGUGUGGUGGAUGCUUUGGAGCCUAUACCUUUCAAAUCUUAUAAUGACUGGGGUUUGCAACUGUAAAGUGAUGAAAAUCAGAUGUCAUUUAAGCAUAUUGAAAACAUUGCAAACCAGGAUAACAACAGACAAAAAAAAGUUCCAGAUCAAGCAGCAACGUUCCAGCAUAGAAUUCUUACUGAAGGAAAAACAAGCCUAACCCAAUCUGCAGAAAAACGUUCAUACACACUGCAUUUUCCAAACUUCCAUCAAAAACUUGCUCCACCUCAAAGAGAUUUCAAAUUAGCAUCACAGCCAAAUGGACAAGCAGGUAGAGGUGAAAAAGAAAAUGACUCCCCCAAUUGCAGCAGCACUGUUUUAAGCCAAGAUCAUUGUAUGGAACAAGACAACCAGGAGCCAUUAAUUAAUGAUGAAAAUGAAAAGAGCGCAUUUCCAGCAACAAGGUUGCACCAUCAAGUUCAGUUAAGGUUGGUCGUUCCACAAAAGCAAAUUCCUCAGAAGAUGGUUAUCAAAGAAGCAGAAAUCAGAAAGGAACAGAUUGCUUCUGUCUCAGAUACAUCUAAGGAUUCAGGUUACUGUUCUCAGGCUGAGCAUGGAAGUUCUAGGGAAACUGAAGAUCUGUCCAAUGAAAAAGUAUCUGAACAUGAUGUUUUCGCAUUGCCAAAGGUUCCAUCUUUUGCUGUACCUGAAAUACUUUCUCCUGCAACAACUGCAUUUGUCAAAAAAGUUCACUUUGGCAAUGGCAAGAAAGGACAAGAUUUCUAUAAAUCUUCAGAUAACAAGUAUUCAGCACCAAUGGAGCAAACAGAAAAAUCACCAUAUUUUAACCUGUUUAAGACCUCUACACCCAAGACACCCAGCUUUGGCACUUUUGAAUCUCCAUUUAGAUCAAUUACAUUUCCAGAUCAGGGUGGAAGCCGUUCACCCCUGAACAUAGAUACAUCAUCACCUGGGAAAGACUUUGAAAGCAUAUUUGGUGGAAUGGAAGGAGAUGACAACUUUGCAUUUCCAUUCACCUCAAAGUCCUCACAGAGUUCAGAAGAAGACAAAGAUAAUUUUGAGUUUAAGCUACCAUUUGGGCAAGAUAUGAGACCUUUCAAAGACUUUUCACUGAAGGAGCCUGAACAAUCACAAAGUAAAAUGGCAUUCACAUUCUUUUAGAGUAAAUUAAUUUUGUCUUCUACAGGUUGAUCUGUUAAAAUACAUGUUACAUACAGUUAUUAUCAUAGAGCAGUUUAAAGUUAAAUACUUUAGAUCAGUGUGCAUUAAACCCAAUCUACUGGCUUGAAUGCCAUUGGGGUGUUCAGAUACUUUUUUAAUGUGCUGCUGAACACCUGCUCUGCAGGUGUUCAUUAGCUAUCUAACUGAAUCUUUGCUACUUUAUACACUUCCAGUGCAUUGAAUACAAGCAUAAAAUACUUAAAUUAAUUAAAUAAUUUAAAGUGUUAAUGUACUGUAGUGCAAUGAAAUACUAUACACUAACACACCU